GAUCGAGUUUGUAGCAGUUUCGAUCCUUUUCCCUCAAACGUUUUAAAAUAUACCAAGAUGGAUGUCCCAACACUGAUGUACAAUCUAAAGGAGGAAGUAACUUGCUCGGUGUGUAUGCAACUGUACACAAGACCAAAACAACUUCCUUGCUUACAUAUUUUUUGUCUUCAAUGUCUUAACAACUUGGCUCGAGCCAACGCACUUAACAGUAUGAUCAAAUGUCCGCUUUGCCAGAGAGAAGUCGCCGUUCCCGAGAGUGGCACUUUGGAAACGCUACCUGAUUGUUUUCAUAUGAAAAAUCUCCUUGACAUUCUAACCAUCAAAGAAUGCAACACUGCAAAGGUUACUUGUGGAAACUGUGAAAAGAAAAGCGAAGAAGCAUCCUUUUGUUUUCAUUGCGGCAAGUUCUGGUGUAAUGAUUGUGUGAAUGCACACAACAUCUUGCGAGAAAACAGAGAUCACCGUGUCCUUGCUCUCAAAGACUUUGAAGACAAGGAUUUUGAGGAUGUUCUCAAGACGCCAGUAUUUUGCCAAAAAGAGCUUCAUGAUAAAGAAAUUUUGAAGUUUUACUGUAAAGAAUGUGAUAUUCCCGUGUGCCAAACUUGCGUUAUUAUUGAGCAUAAUAAACACGAUGUAGAGCAUGUAGAGGUAAUUGCAAGAGCGAUUAGGACAAACGCCGCUUCUAAACUGGAUGCUGCAAAGGAAUUAACGAACACAAUAUCGAGACACAUUCGAGACGUAGACGAAAGGAUGCGUCUAAUUGAAUACCGUUCAAAAACUAAUAAGGAGCAGAUACAACAAAUGGUUAGAUUCCUGAUCUUGAUGAUUCAAAAAAAAGAAAAAAUAUUAACAGCCGAAGUGGAAAAUCAGACAAAAGUAGUUCAAGAACAACUUGCGAAAAGCAAAAGUGAACUUCAGGAUAUGCUUGAAAAGAGGGAGCAGUCUAUCUCGCAGAUUGAGAAUCUUGUCCAGCAAAGCACAGGAGUGGAACUUAUAAGGACCAGGGCAAUCGUAGAUGAGCUGCAGCAAGGACUUCUAGAACCACCAGAUAUACCAUCGACGACUGAAAUAGACGUUUAUUCCACCGUUUUCUUCCAGAACGAAGAAGUCGCCAAAACCAUCCAAGAGUUAAGUAUUGGACACCUUGACCGAUCUGCUACGGAAGCAAACCAGUGUUUAGUUAAUGGCGUCAGGACCGCUUCAGUCGGGUUGGAGACAGAAAUUGAAGUUAUCACCAGGAAUUUCAAAGGAGAACAGUGCUAUUGCCCUGGGGAUUAUUUUACUCUGCAGUUGACUUCAGCACAAGAUCCAAACAUAAACUGCAUCACUGAUGAAGUAAAAAUCAGUGACAGGAAAAACGGUAGCUACACAUUUUCCUUCAUUCCGAGUAAGACUGGACAAUAUUUAUUGACCAUUAAAAUGAAUGGUGAAAAAAUCAGGGAAUUGCCGUCCAUUGAAAUACGAAAACGCUCCUUUUUACCCCUUAGGUUCAUCGGCGAAGGAGCUUUUGAGGGUAAAAUGUUGAACAAACCCUGGGGAGUGACGGUGAAUAAGUCGAAUCACGACAUCAUUGUUAGUGAUAUGAGUAAUGAUCGGAUUGUAGUUUUUAAUGAAAAUGGCGUUUUUAGUAAGGCAUUCCAACACUUCCAUUUUAAAUGUCCAAAUGGACUAUUUGCUGAUAAAGAAGGUCAAAUUUUUGUCUGCAGUAGACUAAGUAACAAGAUAUCACUUUUUGGAUCCAACGGAGAAUACAUACAAUCUGUUCACGGUGGUGAAUUACUUAAACAGCCACGCGGAAUAUCGUUAAAUGCUCAAGGAAAUCUUAUUGUUUGUGACGCUGAAAAUAAAUGUAUUAGGUUUAUUUCUCCAGAGGGAAACAUUCUGAAGACGGUGAGGGAAGGUGGAUUACACAUGCCAUUUGAUUGUGUAUUUUAUGAAGAUAAAAUAUUUGUGUCUGAUCUUGAUGCCCAUGUUAUUAAAGUUUUCGAUAGUACCGGGACAUUUUUAUAUGAAUUUGGUGGGUAUGGAACUGGAGAUGGAAAGUUCAUUCGCCCAGCUGGGCUUGCAGUGGACAAAACGGGUCAUCUUCUGGUUUGUUCCACAGGAAAUCAUAGGGUGCAGGUCCUUACUUUGGAUGGCAAAUUCGUUUCAAAGUUUGGUAGUCAUGGAAAUAAAAUGGGCCAAUUAGGAAGACCUACUAACCUUUGUGUACUGAGAAGUGGCCACAUAGUUGUUUGCGAGCUUGACAACAACCGCUUGCAAGUUUUUGAGUAA